AAAGGCUCCCGCGCGCGCGCGCGCCCGCUUGUUUAUUUGUGUUGGGUGUGGGGACGGAGGAGAUAUGGACGGACAGCGACGCGGCACCGGGAGGGAGGGUGACUAUUAAGAGCGGAGGCGCGGUCGUCGGCGGUAGGGAAUGAAGGAACAGUGCAAGUAAAGCUGCGGUGCGGACUUGAGAUCGAGUGACUUCACCCGGCCGGCGUCCGCGCACCAAGCAAGCUAAACAACAACCACAGCAGGCCGCCGCCCGGCCGGCCAUGGCGGCGUGGAUGCGGUCGCUCUUCUCGCCGCUCAAGAAGCUCUGGAUCCGCAUGCAUUCCGCGCACAGCAAGAGAAGGGGCAUCUACAUCCUGUACGAGGACGUCAAGUCGUGCCCCUGCGAGGACGUGCACAUCCUCUGGUCCAUCCUCGUCGACUCGUCCCACUCCCGCCCGCCGCCGAUGCGCCUAGACCAUCACUGACUCGCUCGUCCCUCCGGCCGCCGCGCCCACGCCGUUGAGCAAGGCGACUGAUUGGUCCGAGUUCGACCGACACAAUGAAACUGUCGGUGUGUGCACAUACAUAAAGAUGACGACCACGACCAGUGCCGGCGGCCGGUAUAGUUCACCUUCUUCAGCCGUGAUACACGUGUGGUCUUUAUUUGAUCCACGGACACGGAGAUGGUGUGCGUCGUAGGUGAUGAGCUCCUCCGUUCAUCCUGCGCUGCCGCCUCUUCCGUCCUCCAGAAGAGCAGGUGCAGUGCAGAGCAGGCGUCCCUCUCCCUCACCGACACUGCGGAGCGGUUUUUUCUUCCUUUUCCUUUCUCCUUCUUCGCUUUGUUUUUGGAAAAGGAACGGCACGGUCUGCCGGUCUGGUGUGGUGAUCAGGGGUCAAUGGGCCGCGUGUGCAUCUGUCUAGCUUGUAAAUACAAAAGACAAAGAGCCAAAGAAAAAUAUAUAUAUAUAUAUGAUGUGUAUA